ACUUGGAGGCGGCGGCGGCGGCGGAGGAGGCGGCGGCGGCCGCCGGGCGCUGCAGUGGGACGCGCGCGGCUGCGAGCCUGCGGGACAUGCCCCCCGCGCCGGCUCCUUGCUGGCGGCCAUGAAGAGGCAGAACGUGCGGACUCUGUCCCUCAUCGUCUGCACCUUCACCUACCUGCUGGUGGGCGCCGCCGUCUUCGACGCCCUCGAGUCGGACCACGAGAUGCGCGAGGAGGAGAAACUCAAAGCCGAGGAGAUCCGGAUCAAGGGGAAAUACAACAUCAGUAGCGAGGACUACCGGCAGCUGGAGCUGGUGAUCCUGCAGUCGGAGCCGCACCGCGCCGGCGUCCAGUGGAAAUUCGCCGGCUCCUUCUACUUUGCCAUCACGGUCAUCACCACCAUAGGUUAUGGGCACGCAGCCCCUGGCACCGACGCGGGAAAGGCCUUCUGCAUGUUCUACGCCGUGCUGGGCAUCCCUCUGACGCUGGUCAUGUUCCAGAGCCUGGGCGAGCGGAUGAACACGUUCGUGCGCUACCUGCUAAAGCGCAUCAAGAAGUGCUGUGGCAUGCGCAACACGGAGGUGUCCAUGGAGAACAUGGUGACCGUGGGCUUCUUCUCCUGCAUGGGGACGCUGUGCAUUGGAGCUGCCGCCUUCUCCCAGUGCGAGGAGUGGAGCUUCUUCCACGCCUACUACUACUGCUUCAUCACGUUGACUACCAUUGGGUUCGGGGACUACGUGGCCCUGCAGACCAAGGGCGCCCUGCAAAAGAAGCCACUCUACGUGGCCUUUAGCUUUAUGUAUAUCCUAGUGGGGCUGACUGUCAUUGGGGCCUUCCUCAACCUGGUGGUCCUCAGGUUCUUGACCAUGAACAGUGAGGACGAGAGGCGGGACGCUGAAGAGAGGGCGUCCCUUGCCGGAAACCGAAACAGCAUGGUCAUCCACAUCCCUGAGGAGGCGCGGCAGGGCCGGCCACGGUACAAGGCGGACGUGGCGGACCUGCAGUCCGUGUGCUCCUGCACGUGCUACCGCCCACAGGAAUACGGUGGUCGCUCGGCGGCACAUCAGAACUCCGUCAGCGCCAAGCUCGCCCCCCAGUACUUCCACUCCAUCUCUUACAAGAUCGAAGAGAUCUCACCAAGCACAUUAAAAAACAGCCUCUUCCCAUCCCCCAUCAGCUCCAUUUCUCCUGGGUUACACAGCUUUACCGACAACCACAGGCUGAUGAGAAGGCGGAAGUCCAUUUAGGGUGUGGGGAGGGAAAUACGAACAGAAAAAGUCAUUUGUCAUAUUUGAUGUUGUGUUCCAUCAGCCCAACUCGUCUUUUCUUCCUUAUUUAUUAUUAUUAUUAUCCUUUAUUAUUAUUAUCAUUGUCAUCAUUAUUACUUUCUCUCCUUUGUUUCCUGGUUUCAUUGCUCCCCCAACUUCCCAGCGAGACAGAGCAGGCCAAAGGGAAAAGAAAGGCCCGUCCUCUGAAACUCGCAGCUGAGCAUGAAGCAUGGAUUUCUUCCUUCCUUCCCAGCGACGUAUGCCUUACAUUUCUCCCCAACCUGCCCCAUCUCUGGGGUGGCUUUCCCAGGACAGGUGUGAGACCAGGACCAGGUGACAGAGCUGAGAGGAUACCCAACCCAAAGUUGCACACCAGGCUGAGAGCUUUUGAGCGCCCACCCACAGUGGUGUCUCUGACCUAACUCCUUUCUCUUUUCCUCCCAAGCAGUGGGUGGCUAUGUAUGUGUGUAUGUGUGUGGUUUGAGUGUGUGUGAAUGAAUGCACACGCGAGUGUGCUUGUGUAUGUGAACCAUGUGACAAAAUGGAAAGUAUCAGGUAUUCAUUCUCCUUCUCAUCACACAAUUUUGUUAAUAGCCUGCUUUUGGCUGCUUCCAAACAAAACGGGAAAACAAAACCCACGAGGUUUUUGAUUUAUCAUUUUGCCAAAUCAAGCAUGUUCCAUAAGCAGUCUUUAUCCCAGAUGUGUCAUGACCAUAUUUUUGAAAUGCUAGGUUCUAAAUUAUAUUAACUUCUUUUUAGGGGGUGGGUGGGCAAGAAGACAUGGAUCAUUUUAGCUUGCCAGUUCAAAAAUUUUUUAAAAGCAUGCACUUUGUUAAACUGGUAUGCAUUAUCAACACAAGAAAACAAAACUAGCAAUGGAAUAAUCAAAAGCCAAUAAUAAUAAUUUAUUAAAGACAUUUUUAAUUUUGUCAUCUCCGGUUCCAACAAUUUACCAUGCAACUGGAAGUGUCAGGAGAAACUGGAAAAUUGUUGGAACCACAGAGUAUCUAUUUUAUUAUUUCCCUCUUAUUUAGAUGAUGAUGAUGAUGGUGAUGAUGAUAAUGUUGCUGGUGAUUUGUGCAGCAUCAACCUGCACGAAUAAGAAUUACAGUUUGGGAUGUUUGGAUGAGAAUGGGUAUUAGAAGGUGGAUGUAGUUUCUUUUCCUAAUAAAAAAAUGACAGGGCA